CCCACGAUCACGCCGUGCGCCUUAAAAUGAUCAAGCAUCGCACAACUUGAACUCAUUUUGCGACAAGAAGUCAACCAGGUAACAAGACUACUCCUUCUCGAUAAGUGUAAUUUAAGGGAGAACAAAUCCUUACAAGUUAUUACAAGUUAUUAAUAUCAUCGUCUGAGGUUAUCAUUCUCACUACUUAUCAUCGUUCUCGCCAGUUAUCAUUUUAAUUUUGUGCAUCCAACAUGUCGCAGUGGAGUAAAGUUCCGCAACAGUUUGGAAAGUUGGCGUGUUCCUCGAAUUGUGGUAUGAUGGCGAAUACCAUGCAGAAAUCGGGCGCAGGAUUGGGAACGUUGGCGAAUAUGGGGAAACCGAGCUGGGAGCCGAUCGGGCGUGACCGGUGGUCAUCCACGAAGGAUAAAGAGUACAGUUAUAGCAAAGCUAUGAGCACCGCGGCGUAUGCCAGGAAAUUGGCCGGUGAGGAAGAGCUUCGCCAACAGACGCGUCCAGUCUCCGUCUCCAUUGGGACCAAAGUUCCCAAACGGAUUCCAUCACGUGUCAUUUACAAUGAUUUGUAAUGAAAAUCUCGGAAAACUAGAAGAAACUAAUCGUGGCUGGCCAUGAUUCUAAUUAUGUAUAUUUAUUUCGCAAAGCUUUUGUAAACUGUGUAACUUUUGUAAAGUUUGCAAAAAAAUAUGAGAGGCAGAACACGAGAACCCAAAUCUUAUUAAUUUUGUGAAUUUGCAAAAAAAAAUCGCAAAUUUUAAUCAGUUGACAGUCGUGA